AUGCCCGACUCUGGUAGCGACACCCCCGAAGCUGGGGCCAAGGGAGCUCCGAAAGCUUCACGCUUCACAACAGACAUCAGCACAAAAUGGAGCGACCUAUUAUUGCUACUAUGCUUCUUCGUCGCAGGUCUGGUUGACAGUGCUGCUUUCAACAUGUACGGUUGUUUCGUCAGUAUGCAAACAGGAAACACAAUCUUUGUCGGCCUAGGCGUAAGCCAUCAACCAGAGAACCUCCCCAGCAAAGCCUGGUCCCGCUGUCUUGUCGCCAUCGUUUGCUUCGGCGUCGGCGCCCUCUUCUUCUCCAGCUUCCACCGUCACUUCGGCCCUCAAAAGCGAUGGGUUCUCACCUCAUCCUUCCUCGUCCAGGCUCUCCUCACCGGCCUCGUCGCGCUGCUCGCUACAGUAGGCGCAGUAUGGAACCAUCCCCAAGGCAGCGAAACGGUCCGCGAAAACGGAUACAUCAUCGAGCGCGUGCGCGAUUCCUUCCCUGCAUCCGACUAUGCAGCCAUUGCGAUUCUCGCGUUCCAGAGUGCCGGUCAGAUUGUGGCAAGUCGUGCGCUCAAGUUCAACUCUAUUCCCACCGUUGUAUUGACGAGUUUGUACUGUGACAUGAUGAGUGACGCCAAGCUCUUCACGGCGCCCAUCACGGACAAUGCGGAUCGAAACAGGAGGGCUACUGGAGCUUUGUUGUUGUUUGUUGGAGCUGUUUGUGGUGGUUUCUUGAGCAAGUCUUGGGUUGGAUUUGCUGGCGCGCUUUGGAUUGCGGCGUUCUUGAAGUUGUGUGUCACUUUUGCUUGGAUGCUUUGGAAGCCCAAGAGCCAGUAA